AUGGCUGGUCGUUCAUCUACCACCACAACAACAGUCAUAGAUGGUAAGAAUGGAUCUGUCCACAAACCACCACUGAAGAUGACGAGAUCAGUCUCGCAAGACCUGAAGUCGACAUUCAGCUCCCCAGCUGCAUGGAUUCUUGUGGUUGCCCUCAUAGUGACUUGGUCAGCAGUUGCCAUUGUAAUUUUCGAUUUAGUGGAUUACAAAACAUUUGCAGGAGGACCAAUAAGCAAGUUGAGGAAUGACCCAGUGAGAAUCAUACAUGAAGCUGUGGAUGAUACGUAUGAUUGGAUACAUGCUAUCUUCUCUACUGUGUCUGACUUUAUAUCAUUCGAAGAUGAGAGCAAAGUUGUUCAUAUAGAACGAGAAGAAAAGCAUGAAAAAUUGCAAGUCAAAACUAUAUCAAGACCACUUCAUAAAGACAAGCCAGUAAAAGAAGAAAAAAUUGAAAAGCCAAAGCACAAAGAAAUUCAAAGACCAAAGCCUGAAGUGAAAGAAAAACCAGAGAAAAAGGCCCCUGCCAAAGCUGUGGAUAAAGAGAAGCCUGAUACAAAGACAAAAGCAGCCAAAAAAGUGCCAGCCACAGAAACACCUAAGAAGGAGAAGGCUGAAAAGAAAUCUGUAACCAAAGAAACAACAAAGGAAAAGCCAGAGAAGAAGGAGAAGCCCCAAAAGAAAGACCAAGCCAAAGAGAAAACUGAACAAAAGGAGAAAUCAGAAAAAAAAGUCCAAACCAAAGCAAAAACAGACGAGAAAGAAAAACCUGAAAAGAAAGUUGCAGCCAAAGCAACAGUAAAAGAAACACCAGAAAAAAAGAAGGUAGAGAAAAAAGGCAAAGCAACAGUAAAAGAAACACCAGAAAAAAAGAAGGUAGAGAAAAAAGGCAAAGAAACUCCAAAGAAAGAGCCUAAAGAAAAGGUCAAAGCUGAGAAGAAGGUUCCUGUAAAAGCAAUUGUUAAAGAAAAGGAUCAAAAGGAAAAAACUGACAAAAAAGUUCCUACUAAAGUUGCAAAAGCAGAACCAGAAAAAGUUUUAAAGCCUGAGAAAAAAGCCCCAGCUAAAGAUAAGAAAGCAGAACAAGAGAAACUUGCUAAGCUUGACAAAAGAACCCCAGCCAAAGAUGAAAAGAAAGCUAAGGUCUCUUUGACAGAAGAAAAGGUAGAAAAAGAAGUAAAGGCCAAAACAUCUGAAACAAAAGUAACAAAAGCCAUCAAGGAAACAAAAACAUCAGAGGAAAGCAAAGCAAAGCCAAAGAGCAAGGAGAAAGAAAAAGAGAUGGUGGAAACUAAAGAAGAAACACAAGAUCAGUAUCAGUUCUGUCGCUAUGUGGUUGACAUGUAUGCUCACGGGGACUUAUACACAGCUGGUAAGCAGCCAAUGACUCCUGCAAUUUCCCCAGCAAAAGCAGUAGCACCUUCACUGCCCUCUAAAAAAGUGAAAGAAGAAUUAAAGAAAAAAGUUCCAGAGAAGAAGGAAGAGCCAAAGAAAGCAGUGAAAGAAGAAUUAAAGAAAAAAGUUCCAGAGAAGAAGGAAGAGCCAAAGAAAGCAGUGCAAGAAGAACUAAAGAAAAAAGUUCCAGAGAAGAAGGAAGUUCAAGAGCCAAAGAAAGCAGUAAAACCAAAAGAAAAGGAGAAGGCAGUGCCUGAAAUAAAGAAAGAGAAAAAAACAGAACAUGUGAAAGUUGCAGUAGCUAAAGAAGAGGUUCCAAAAAUAAUUCAAGCCAAAGAAAAGAAGGAAGAAAAGAAAGCAGAACCAGAAGUGUCCAAAAAGGAGCCAUCAAUAGUAACACCAAAAAAAGAAGAACCAGAACCCUUACCAGUUCAAGAAGAAAAAACAAAAGAUGAAAAGCCACUUGCUGUAAAAGAAGAGCAAGAAAUACCUAAAGCUGAAGAAUCUGUUCCUACAACAGACGGCACGUGUGGAACUAGUCGAAUUGUCCCUGGUGUGAUCAUAAUUAUGUCUGAAUCUCUUACGAGUCAACCUGAUUCAGGAAGAGCAAUCACUGUUGAGUCAAUAUUAAAAGAUGGACUGUCAAAAGAACAAGAAGAAGAAGUGCUUAAGGCAGCUAGGCAAGAACCUGAAGAGGAAGAACAUGAAGUGAUGAUACCAUUACCAUCAGGUACUACAGAAAUUAUGUCAUCAUUUCUAACAAAGGGAACUAAUUGCUUGUUAUACAGAAGAUAAUGCCAUUGUUCUCUUAAGUCUGAAAAUGUAGAUUCAUAAUACUAUGUAAAUCUAAAUGCAUUUUGUGUGACUAAUAUUUGCAUUCUUAUACUACACUUAAAACGAAAAAGACAACUACUUUGCAAUAAGUCUCCUUUUCUUUCUACAGCUUCUAUGUAGAGCUCUAACGGGGAGAUUUAUCAAAAACUGUGUAGA